CUGCAAGUGACUGGUUCCUGAAGCAGCCAGGAGCUGGGGACCUUUGCUAGGCUGGAAGCUUCAGUCCCUGAAGAUGUCAGAUGAGGAGUUUGAUGAUGAGUCUGAUGCCAAUGAACUGGAAAAGGAGGGAGAAGAUGGGGAAGAAGAGAAGGAGUCAGCAGAGCAGGAGGAGGAGAGAUUGAUCUCAAACCCUCUGACAGAGGAGAUCAUGAAGGAAGGCCUCUCGCUCCUGUGCAAAACUGGCAAUGGCCUGGCUCAUGCUUAUGUGAAACUAGAAGCAAAGGAAAAGGACCUGACAGACAUCGGCCUCCUCCAAAACUACAUUCACUUGCGUUAUGUGGACUUGUCAGAGAAUCAGCUCCGAGACCUGUCUCCUCUGGGCAGCCUCAUCCACUUGCUAUGGCUGAAAGUGGACGGGAAUCGACUGACCAGUGCCACCCUACAGGAGCUGCCCUAUUUGCAGAUUGCCAGCUUUGCCCACAACCACAUCAAGGACACUGAGGGCAUUAGCCACCCACGCCUUGGCAGUCUCAACCUUAAGGGGAAUAAAAUCCAGGUGAUAUCAGGUCUGGAUCCAGGGAAACUAGCCAACCUCCACACCCUAGAGCUACGAGGGAAUAAGAUAGAAACCACAGCAGGGCUGCACCUGCCUAAGCUCAAGAACCUGUACUUGGCCCAGAACUCCAUUAGUCGCCUGGAGGGCUUACAAGACCUGGUGCAGCUCACAACCCUGCAUCUGCGUGACAACCAGCUGGUCACCCUGGAUGGCUUUUCUAGCAACAUGAAGUGUCUGCAGUACCUCAAUCUGAGGGGGAAUGGGAUCACUGGGCUGCAGGAAGUGGCCAAGCUGCAGGUCCUACCUAUGCUGCGGGCACUGGUGCUGUUAGACAACCCUUGUGCAGAUGAGGGCGAUUACCGGCUAGAAAUCCUGGUCCUGCUCUCACACCUGGAGCGCCUCGACAAGGACUUCUACGAGCAAGAAGAGCGGAUGGAGGCAGAGGAACUUCGACAGCAUCGCCAGGAGGAGGAGCAGGUGGGAGCAGCGCAGGGCAAGAACGAGCAUCUAGGGAAGGAGAGGAGCUGGCGAGCUUGGGGGCCUCUCAUGUGAGAUUAGGGGAACUGAGCCCAAAACAGAGCUCAAGGGAGAGCAUGGCAUGCUGCCUUCCUUAGAGCUCCUGAGUCUGUUUACCAGUUAUUUCCCAUCCUUGCAGCAGGGUGCUGGCAGUGCCCAUGCCCCCCGCUUUACCUGUGGCAGGCUAGGGUGACCUUGGUGCUUUGGAGCAUGGUGCCAUGUACUUGCGUGAGGGGCCUGCUAGUGAUUAAGUCCGAACAGGUUAGACCAGGGGUGUCCAUCGCAUCUGGCCCCACCAGCUGGGCCGGCCCAAACCAGUAGCUGAGGCUGCAGCGCGGUCACCGCAUCACGGAGCCCUUGGCAUCAGCCGGGUGUCACCGCCUGCCCCGGGCGCAAACCUCGAGGAGACAAGAGGGCUGGGGCGGGCACCCCUCUGACCUUCUGCCCGUCUGCCAGGACACGGAGGAGUCCGGCCCCGGGGAGCCCAACUGAGCCGAGAAGCCCUGCGGCCAG